GGAAAUAUAAAUUAGAUAUUAGGAAUUUUUUUUUUUUACAGAAAGAGUGAUAAAAUACUGGAAUGGUCUGCCUGGGGAGGUGGUGGACUCACCAUCCCUGGAUGUGUUUAGAAAAGGUUGGAUGUGGCACUUGGUGCCAUGGUUUAGUUGAGGUAUUAGGGCAUGGGUUGGACUUGAUGAUCUUCAAGGUCUCUUCCAACCUUCUGAUUCUGUUAUUCUGUGAUGUGCAACCUCCUCUGGUGAAACAUUAUGUCCAUAAAAUUCAGAAAUACAAGGUCAAUUAUAUUGCAUUUGAUGACCUCACUACACACAAAUUUUCUUACCUGGGGUGAGCUGGUCAGCCAACCAAGCUUCCAAAACCAUACCAGAUAAAGCCAGUCCCUGUCCCUUUCUCCACUGCAACUGAAUUUCAGGAAAAACACAAAGUUUGACUACAGCCUUCUGUAUUCAGAAAACCUGUUGUAUAUCUUUCUUCUCUGGAGAAAAUGGACCUUCACACCACUACUUGGACACAUUGGAAGCACCCAAAUGAAAAGCCAGCCAAUAUGUGUCAACCUUUGGCCUAGUUUAAUAAAAUUACUGAGCCAUUUAAUAACUCUUCUAUAGUGAAGGAAGACUAUAAGCCUUGGCUAUGAAAUAGACUAAAACCUAUCACUCAUGCUCCGACUUUCCCAGCAAAACCAAUAGAUUUCUAGGCUACGUUUUGGACCCAUCAUGGGCCUCAUCUCACAGGUAUGUAAACCUAUAAACCUGUCUGGUCAGGCCCAAAGCAUCACACUCUCCUAGUUGCUAAAACAACCUACACUGCCAGUUACACACCAAAUGGCUUUGUUAGGUGCCUGGCCCCUUACAAAGACCUAGCUCAGUUACAUCUUUGAGAACUGGUGCUGACAGCUUGAUUUUGUUUGGUACGUUCUUUAAAACCAGUUGCUAGUUUCAUAUUUGGAGAACUCUUAAAAUAAACUUAAUUCCCUGGCACUGACUUUUUCUGGUUAAUUUAUACAAGAGAAGAACAUAAAAUCCAGGGAAAUUUUUGUGUCUCUGUAUUUUUAUUUUUUUUUUUAGUUUUCCCACCUAACUCUUGCUUAUUAAUUGAGAGAUGUCCUCCUCCUAAGGCAGUAGCAGAAAGAUCUCUUAGUAAUAAACUUUAUUAUUGAUGUAAAGGGGGUUCAGCUAUGUCCAUAAAAACAGAGGUAAAACAGGUGAAUUGCAUGAUAUGAAGUCACACGUAAAAGUCAUUGCUGGAUAAAGUCUGAGAUCUGGCCUUUUUCUGUAUUCCCAUCAAAGACACAAACAAGAGGUACAAUUACUGUAUAAAUAUUAUUGAAUAUUGCACCUUCAUGAAUUGUGUCACUGUGCUGUCCUGAACUAGGCUAUCAGAUGGGAGGUUUUUGUGCCAAAGUUGCCACCCUAGGCUGACACCUCAUAAGAGAACUUUUUCAGUAAAACCUCUUCCCUUCAAGGUCUUGAUGGGCACCAGAAACAUCAAAGAGUUGAAAUUGUCAUAUAUUGCUACAACUCAGCCAGCAGCUAGAGUUGCAUUAUGUUUUGAGUAAGGCCAUUAUUAAGCUUCUGACCCUAACUGUUCAUUUCUUUGUCUAAAGUGCUUCUGUAGGCUUACAGUGUGUUCUAUUAGUACUAUGAAACUUCCUGACUUCUUAAGCACAUUCUACUUUCCUAAAUCCUCCUCUCCCUUACUCCUGGAAGCUCUGGCUGUUUCCCAAGUAUUUAGCUCAAGUGCUAGCUAAAGUUGCUGCAUGGUUGAUGAUUCUUGUGGGUCCCUUCCAACUCAGGGUAUUCUAUGUAUAUAUGAUUCUAUGAUCCUGUGAAAGGCUUCUGUUUGACCAUCAAAGCAGCAUUGAAAAAGGAAGAUAAUUUUCUGUGCAAAGGUAUUUUAAAACUUUGGAAAAGCUUUGAAACCUGUUGGGAUAGAAAUUCUUCCUAAGUGCUGGCAAGUUAAAGCUAAACACAUUCCAUCUGAAAACAGGAAUGCUUAACCCUGAGGAUGGGAAGCCACUGGAACAAUACCUUAGGGGCACAGUGGUUCUGCUUCACUUGGAGAACUUGAAUCAGGCCUAGAGGCCUUUUCUAAACAUAUGUCUUAGUUCAAUGAAAAAUUAUGUUCCUUACAACAGGAAAAACUAGGCAAAUCUCUACAGAUUGUGCUGUACGAAUGGGCCAAACUAUGCAGACAUUGAUGACUUCACACAGCCUUCAGAAAUGCAGUAAUAUGUAACAUAUUCACUCACCUGUGGUGAGGUAUUGACCUAGAGUAAGUUUGGCCAUUUUUUUUCAGCUCCUCCUCUUUUACCAACCUCUUCAUUUCUUUAAUAUUGAAUUUCUACAAGAAAAUACUUUUUCUUCCCCAUCUCUUUUACAUCAGUUGUUUUUCUGAUUUUAUUUACCAACCUGUAAUGCUGCUAAUUCUGAAAUAGAAUUUAUAUGAAAAAAACAUCUGAGGUUUGUGACUGCAGAAAAGAUUGUGCUUUUAUGCAUAAGAGCUCUCCAACUGUUCUUUCAGCUCUGAUAUGUGACUGGCAGAGAACACAGAGCA